CCAGGUCGAACGGCUGACUGACAAUUUUCUUUUCAAUACAAAAAUGGCGGCCGUACAGCAAAAUUUAACAAAAAUGGUUUCGGCGCAGCUACGCAAUAAAGCGAAUGAGUUCUUGAACUCCAGAAAACAUGCAAAUAACCUGGCAGAUAUCCUACAAAUGUUUGAGGCCGAAACUGAUAACUACACACCAUUACUGCUAACAAUAGAAGUUAUAUUCACGGAAUUAUUAAAAAGAGGUGAUCUAAUCGAAGAAAUCAUUCCCCUCAAGCCAUUAGACCACAGCCCAGAAGCAGAGUACACAAGAUGGUUGAAGCAGUGCUACGAGACGACCCUCAUUCGGUUGCUGGAGUGCAUCAGACGUGGCCGCACCAGCUCCAGGCUGCAAGCGCUUGUCACUGCUUGCAAGCUGAUGCAGGCUGAAGGGAGACAUCCCAUGGAAAACACUUCACCUGGUUACUACUUCCCGUCUUAUAGAUUGAAGAACAUAUUCUCCGUACUGCUGGACUCCGAGAUACCCAUGUCAGCCCCAAUUGUCCGCUUCCAAGAGUUCACAGAAUAUGCUGAUGUUCAACAAUACGGACUCAAAGUGCUGUCGACCCUCGCCUACCGCAAAUCCCCAACACCAAUAUACAUGCAGAACUACCUGGAGCUGCUGGACAAGCUGCUGGUGACAGAGAUCCCUACAGAAGCCAAGUGCAAGGCCAAGGACCGAGAUGACGACGCUGCAGAGGGGAAGCUGCUGUGCGGGGCUGAAGGCAAAGCGCCAUUCCCCUACAAUCCAGCGGUAUGCCGUCGCUACGCCAACCGUUGCUGGGGCUUCGCGUGUCAGUGGCCGAUGUUGAGCGAGCCCCGCACGCACCGGCGAGCGCUCCUGCUGCUGGUGGAGCGCCUCAUGCCGCUGCUGGCCAAGCCGCACCUCGCCACGGACAUGCUGGCAGACAGCCUCGACGCUGGCGGUCCAAUCAGCAUGCUGGCGCUACAGGGUGUACUCGAGCUGGUGCGCCGCCAUAACAUCGACUACCCGGAGAUCUACGACCGGCUGUACGCCAUGUUCGAGCCCGAGAUGUUCGCCACGCGAUACAAGCGACGCCUGCUGCACCUCGCUGACAUCUUCCUUAGUUCCACACACUUGCCAGAGGGCCUAGUAGCUGCGUUCGCCAAGCGUCUCUCUCGGCUGGCCCUUGUAGCAUCACCCGAAGACGCGACCGGUCUGCUACAACUGGUGGCCAACUUGCUCCUGCGCCACCCUGCUCUCAAGAGGAUGAUUUGCUAUGAAGACGCGCCCGCUAUAAUGUCAAACGACCCGUACGUGAUGGAGGAGACGUGCGGGCAGAACUCGCGCGCGCUGGGCUCGUCGCUGUGGGAGGUGGCGGCGCUGCGGCGGCACCACUGCGGCGCCGUGGCCGCACACGCCGCGCGCCUGCUGCACGCCGCGGGCGCGCGCGCCCAGCCCGCCAGCCUGGCCGCCGCCGGCGACGCCGCCUUAUUUGACGCAGAACUAAAGAAACGAUUCAAGACGAUAGAACUGACGUUCGUGCGCCCAACGGGCAUGGCCCUGCCGGCGGGGGAGCGCCUGCUGCAGUACUACGAGCUCAUGGCGUGAGCCGUGACGUUACAGGCGCGUCACGUCACUCCGGUGAGACGCCGCCGACUUGUUGGAAUUAGGACUUCGAGCACAUACCAUGGGCAGAGCAGAAAUGCGCGUAGAGUCGACAACUUAAAAAUCUGGAUGCUUUUUUUAUAAAAUAGGCGGCAAACGAGCAAACGAAUUGCCUGAUGGUAAGCAGUGUUGCCAAUUAAUCGACUACAUAUCGAUUAAUAAUCGUUGCCAGCCUUUCAGAUGGGAGUACGCUCUUUAAAAAAAAAAUAACGAUUUAAAACAGUAUUUCUUCAGUGAACUUUCAGACCACUCGGCCUACACAGAUGUCAUAUUGUCGUUGCCAAUAUAAAAUAUAUUAUGUGCAAUCGGGUCAAUUUUGCAGAAAUUAAAAAAAACUUCCGCCUGAAAUUUGUUUUAUGACUGUGUGUUAAAAAAUAUUAAAAGAUAAUUAAUAUUAAAGUUUGUACUGAGUGUUUUAGGAGCAAAAUACUAUUCGAUUCAAACAAAAAAGAAAUUUGGUGAGACAACACAUAAAUUUGAGCAAAACAUGAAUUUGAUUUUUUUUUUUUGAGCUUUUAAAUUGGCAACGACGAUAUUCCGUAAAUCGUGCGAGCGAAACCACGGGCACUGCUAGUGUAAUAUUUACAGUCAAAUAGGUACGUAUGCUCUGUACCGUAUGGCUAUGUGCUUGAUGAACGGAAAUUAUAAAAAUGGAACAUAAGUUUGUUUGCAGUGAAUAUAGCUAAAUUAGGAAGCGCACUGAAAUUUACUUUUUUGUACAUACUGUAGACGACAGGUCGACAUGGCAAUUCUCUAGUGACGUGACGUUUUCAAUAUCGAUAUAUUUUUAUUAUGUAUGUAACAAAAUGUGAAUAAAAUAAUACCACGUUUUCAUUUAAGUUAAUAUUUAUUCAUCUGAAUCAUCUAACGUUAAUUUUAUUUCUAAAAUAUUAUUCUUAGUUUUCAAUAAUUUCUUAGCAAGUAUAUGUAAAAUAUACUUGCUAUAUAGUAUAAUAUGUAAAAUAUACUUGCUAUAUUUAUAAUUUUGAUUGACCAUAAAUAUUUAGAUUAGAUUUUUUUUAAAUCUAUUGUUUUUCUUUUGUUUAAUGUUAAUUUCUAAUUCAAUAAAUUAUGUAAGCGAGAUUAUAAUCGAUAAACGCGGUCGAUACGGACUCGUGCGACACUAAGACUGUGCGGGUGUGCGGGGCGACCCGGCCUCCGCGGCUCACCUCAUGCCCCGAUUGCCAUGUCGACCUGUCGUCAACAGUACAUAGUUCACAGCAAGCCCUGUAGUGUGCUGAGCAUUUUGAAUACACUUAUAAUGACUUAGUUUCACAGACACAAAUAUUUAUAGGAGUUUCGUAGAAAGGGUGUUCAUGUAUUGUCCAAAAUAAGUAUUCAAAGACACGAGAUUAGACCGUGUAUAGGGAAAUAUAUUAGGUAAAUCUAAAUUCUAAACAGGCAUAGGUACAGUCGCGAACAUCAACAUGUAUCUGGGGGGUUAAAAAGGCCACAUCGAAGCAAUCCAUUUAAAAAAGGAAUAUUGCAAUUUGACAUUUGCGCAUGUAAAAGUAAGUGCGCAAUGCACACGAAUGUCAAAUAGCAAUAUUGCUUUUUUAAAUGAAUUGCUUUCAUAUGGCCUUUUUAACCUAUAUAGACAAGGUUGUUUGGCGUGCGGCCAAAAAGGGAACUAACACGCAACCUAUGAAAACGCCAGUUGAUAAUUGUAAUAAAUGGAGAAUAUAUGGAUACCAGCGCACCACUCAAUGUCAACCACGCGCCAAAGAAUGUCGGUCUAUCGUAUGAUACCAUGUCGCAUUAUCUUAUUUGACAUUUUGACUACAAAGUGUUAAUAAAUGUCAAAUAUGUUAAUGAGAGAGGGUUCUAAAACAUAUGAGUGUUUGGGGCCGUACUAAAACACAUCGUUUUGCCGAUUAGACUGCCAUAUAGAUAUAAAAAAAUUACAUUUACAGUUCCAAAGCAAGUCGGUAGGAUCAGUGAGGAAUGCAUUUAUGUAGAAAAUCUAGACUUAUUUGAUAUUGGCAUAUUAUUAGUCGUCUAAAUUUCGUGCAACAAGUCUAGGAACUCUUCGAGAAGUAUUAUAAAGUAUAUGUUGAUUGUGAAACUAUCAAAACAUGGUAAAUGGUGGAAAAUUUAUAUAAACAUUAAUGUAAGCAGGUUUGUAUGAUCGAUAGCGCAUUGAUCAUGUGAACCUGCGUCGAAUUGAACGUCGUCAAAACAUUUUGAUGUUACAUUAAACUUUUUAUAAAUUUUAAAUGGGAGCUUCUCACUGGACGAGCGAUGUAGAAGGCGAAAGAUUACGCUAGGGACAUACCAGAAUUCAAACACGCGGCUUUUGUUACUGCGCGCCAUUAUAAUGUCCGAAAUUCAAGAUGGCAGCUGUCAAAAGUUGUAAUUUUUAUCCGCUAGGCGCCUUUUAAUACGUCACCCUGGCGCUAGGAGCAAAUGCAACGUGUUCCAUAUUUGAGUGAUAUGUCUUCCACGGUCUACCGUGACGUCUGAGCGACCAUCAGUAUGCCGCUGGCAAUUAUAACAUGAGCUCUACGUACGGCCGUGGUAAAUUUAUAGUAGAGAAACUCAUUGAGGGAGCAAUUUUCGGGGCUCAUUUUACAAUUGUCGAGCGAAACGUCAUUUCAUUAUUUUAUAUUUGUAAAUAGUAUGAUAACGAGCAUAUACUUGCUUACUGACAUAAACUAUUGCGUUCAUUUUGUAAUUAAUUUAUGCUGCACUUUUCAAUAAACACUUAGUGGGCUUAGAAUCUUUGCUAUAUUAUCGUUUAUGGACAUGAAAGUUUAUUAUAAAGAUAUUUGAAUAAGGAUUUGAAUACAUUUGCACUCUGUUAGAGAUAAAAUAGAUGUUAAUGUGUUAUCAUUGGUUAAUUUUAUCUUUUUACGGAAAAGGCUUUCUUGGUAAUCGUGAAUUAUGUAUUGAUAUUGAACCAUCAGGCGAUUAUUUAGAAUUAAUCCUUUCGGCGCCACCAGUCUGAACUAGAAAAAAUGGAGUCCGUGAUUUUUUUUUAAUUGUGGCCUUUAUAUUCGGUUUUUGUUUUUUUUCGAGGAUUUUUCGCCUGGCUGCAUAGAUUUAGGCCAUUGCCAUAUUGCAACCAGUGCCGUGUUUAUCAAAAUUUACAAGUCUACGCGUUGACAAGCUACUCACAAGUACGUGUAAAUUACGUUUAUCGAAAAAAGUAGAGGGAUUGUAAAAUAUACUUGUGAAAUAAAUAUUGACAGGCAAAAAUGCGAAUAUGGCACCAAUAUUUUCCAAAUAAAAAAAACAAUUGCCGACUGUUAUUUCUUCUACCAUCAGAUCGGUACAAAACAUCACGCGAAUUGUGUGGUUGGUACUAUGAAUGACGCGUAUAUGGUAUUGCGUCUCAAGAUCGUUAAUGUUAAAGACGCUUAAGUGACGUGUUUGGCGCCGAAUGGGUUAAACAAUUUGAAGAAGGAUAUAAUUUGAAAUAUCCGAAUUUAAUUAUUCGAAAAUGUAUUUUGUAAAUCUGUGAUCAUUCGUCUAUCCCACACAAGCAGUGACGCCUAGCGCCUACUAAGUUGGUGAGCGCAAAUAAACUCGUGUGGGAAUAGGUUAAAACAUUUUCGUACCAGUAUCGUUUGGUCGUUUGAAUUGUAUUCGAAAUUAACGACUUUUCAGGCUACGUUUUCUCAAAAUCAACAUAGAUGGCGCUGUAAAGAUGGCACUUUUUCUUCGUUUAGCCUUAUAAUUUCAUGAAUAACAGACAUAUGCGUCUUUCAUCUGUGUUUUUGGGUAUAAUAAUGACCCUUUUUCAUCAUCAUCAGCCCAUUAACGUCCCCACUGCUGGGGCACGGGCCUUCCCUAUGGAUGGACAGGGAGAUCGGGCCUUAAACCAUCACGCGGGCCCAGUGCGGAUUGAUGGUUAUUAACGCCUGCUAAUACAGCCGGGACCAACGGCUUAACGUGCCUUCCGAAGCACGGAGGAGCUCGAGAUGAAAACUUUUUUUUGUGGUCACCCAUCCUGUGACCGGCUUUUGCGAAAGUUGCUUAACUUCAACAAUCGCAGACCGAGCGCGUUAACCACUGCGCCACCGAGCUCCUCAAUUCUAUACAUGUGAACCAAAUAUCAAGGAACAAUUAUUUUUAUAUAUACUACAUUGUAUUUUGGAAUAAUUAUGUACCCGAGUAAUGAGAAAAUAGAUGAUUAUCACGUUUAAACUGAACAACGCCAUCUAUAUUGAUUUUGGUGGUAGCCUGGAAAGUCCUCAUUGUUAGUCAAGUCUUCCGUUUUGCCCUGUGUUGUUUCAUUCCAAUGUCUAUGCUUUCUAACCCCAUGUAGUGGACGUUCGGUUUAUUAUAUUUAUUUGUUAAUACAUUGGUGCUAAUUCCUGUAAAUACCAUCUAAUUUUAUUUUAAGUUAUAUCUGUCAUUUUCUUAUCCGCCGAAAAGGAAAGGGACGGGUAAUCGACAAGCAUAAAAUUUAUGGAACACACGACAAUUUUAAGCACAAAUCUAAACCAACCGUCUAAAAAUUUUACAUUUUUACAUCCGUCAAUAACCCGACACAGUUAAGUAGACAGCACGUCAAAUGGAUUAUAUACCAGCGACGUACCUUUUGAUUCGCCCGGGUUAUUCAUUCAUUUACUCAUUCUUCCUAAAAUUAAGAGCUGUGAAUCAUCCGUCCCUUUCCUUUUCGACGGAUUUGAAAAUGACGGAUAUAACUUAAAAUAAAAUUAGGCGGUGUCUGCAGGAAUCGGGGCCAUUAUCUAUAUCCUGAGUCCUGUACAAGGUUCAACGCCAUAUUUAUUUAACUUUAUUCGUUAUUUUAAUGUUAUUGAAACCUCGCAGUUCUAGGGUACGGCUGCAUAAGAAAAAUUCUUGUAAAAGUAUAUUAUCAAGUAUCUUAACCCGUCUAAUGUCAUUGUUUUAAGUAAGAUACGGUGUAUUUUGUUAUUAUUUUGUUACUGUUGUUUUAGUAAAGGGAAGCGAUCAAUAUUUUGUAUCAUUUGUAUUGUUACGUUACUCUUUUCUGCACACACGUUCUAUCAUGGUUCGUUUGAAGCGAUUUUCUAACUGACUGUUUUCAGUAGAUAUCUUGGUGUUUAAUCUACUUUAUUAGUGUAGCCGGUGGUGACGAAAGACCUAAUACGUAUUCGUCAUCAAUUUCUACUUGUUUUGGCGCAUUUUACAAAAUGGCCGCAUUUCAGAUGUUUUCGUACUAAUUUAACGCGUGUGUACGAAUAUUUUUCUCAAAAGCUCCUAUGUUCUUUACUUCCAUGCACGUUAGUGCGUGCACGUGAAUGCCGAAUUCGUCGCAUUUCAAAUGUUUAAAAUGAAUUUGACGCGUGUGUACGAAUAUUUUUCUCAAAAGCUCCUAUGUUUUUUACUUCCAUGCACGUUAGUGCGUGCACGUAAAUGCCGAAUUCGUCGCAUUUCAAAUGUUUAAAAUGAAUUUGACGCGUGUGUACGAAUAUUUUUCUCAGAAGCUCCUAUGUCCUAUACUUCCAUACACGUUGAUGCGUGCACGUACAUGUCGAAUUCGUCGCAUUUCAAAUGUUUUUGCAUGAAUUUGACGCGUGUGUACGAAUAUUUUUCUCAGAAGCUCCUAUGUCCUAUUCUUCCUUGCACUUUGAUGCUUGCACGUAGAUGUCGAAUUCGUCGCAUUUCAAAUCUUUCAGCGUGAAUUUGACGCUUGUGUACGAAUAUUUUUCUCAGAAGCUCCUAUGUCCUAUACUUGUACGUUGGUGCGUGCAUGUCGAAUUCGUGCGAAAACGCAUCCAAAGUGCGACCGGCCUAAGAGCUAGUAUGCAGUGGUCGUUUUGUCACCGUGACUGUUUCGUCACUCGGUAAUAAGUCUCAAGGUCGAUAUCGUCGCCUUAUGAAACCUUGUAAGCGUAUUUUUUUCAAAAUCACGUUCGGUUGUGAUUUUUGCUAACAACCCCUCGCAAUAAACACGCUUGUUUUAAUCUAGGUAAAAAUGUUUAGCCCUUUUUACCCGGACUCAAAUGGCGCGUGCGUGUUUUGUUCAAGAAAAUCAAAUCAGAAAUGUGAUUUCCCAAAAAUGCGCUUACGAUAUUUUCACUAUGACGCGGCGGUAUGGAGGCGCGCAUGUUACAGUAGUUUCAACUCCAGAUUGAACCAAUUCAUCUAAGAAAGCAAUAUUGCUAUUUGACAUUAUGACAUUGCGCACUUACUUUUACAUGUCUCAAAUUGCAAUAUUGCUUUUUAGAUGAAUUUUUCCAAAUGGCCUUUUUAGACCCCCACUCCUAAGUAGUAAUCAAAGGAUACUACAAUUUCACGAUAAUCCGGGGAACAUACCAUAUAGCGGCCUAAGGUUGAACCACAUCAGUGAGCACCUUUUCGCACUUUCCUAUGCUUCUAUCCUUUUCUGUUACUCAACACGUCAUUUGCUAGAGCGGGAUGGAGCGACCGCACGCCGCUGAAUCGACGAGGCGAUCGCUCGCGCUAGCAAAGGAUAGAAGUAUAGGAAAGUGCGUUUACACAGUCAGUUAGAAGGUAACCCACAGAAUCUCACAGCCACACCGAGCCGUGCCCACCGCUAAUGUGAUUAUUGUAACAAACACUAGACUAAGUUAGGAUUAAGCCAUUAUUUUAUCUUCAUUUAAUGUUCUUAUUAUUAUGAUGAAAAUGAUAAAAUAAAAAAUAUCGAUACAGA